UAGCUCAUUCUAGAAAAAUCCCCAACCUGAUCCCUUCUCCCUCUCUCUCUCUCUCUCUCUCUCUCUGCGUGUGGGGAUGGUGGCAGCUGUGCCGCUGGCGGGGCGGUCGGAGGUUCUAUCGCUGUUUCGCUCGCUCCUUCGAACAGCCCGCAAGUUCGCCGACUACAACAUCAGGGAGUACGCGAGGCGCCGAACCAUCGACGCCUUUCGGCAGAACAAGGACCUCUCGGAUCCGUCUGCAAUCGCCGCCGCGUUCUCCGACGGCAAGUCCCAGCUGGACGUCGCCAACAGACAAGUCAUCGUAUACUCGCUCUAUGCGCCCAAGGUCAAGAACAUCAUGGAGAUUAAGCAUUGAUAAAGAACCUAAUUUGUUGGUAUUCCGAGCUCUUUUCAAUCCUUUCGGCACAAUUGAUUUAAUGCCUGGAAUACUAUUGAGAAGGUUUUAGAAUUUGGGCUUUUGAUGUAAAGAUAGUGACCUGAAUGAAUUUUGGAUUUCCCAUUUCAUCGUGUUUUGCUUCUUAUCGGAUUUAGGGUUUUGAAAUUUUGCUUCGGUGGUUGUGUUGGAUUAAUAUUUGUGAAGAAGAGAAGAUGCGCAGUUCUGCGUGGAAAUUACUGAAUUGUAAUUUACAUUGAUUAGCUUUGAGAUGGAGGUAGGACUUGAGCUCAGUAUUCAGAAAGGUAAACGGGAAUGGAAGUAGUUAGUAGUUUAUUUUGGAGUGAAAUAAACAGUUGUGUGGUUCUUGAACCAGACACAGUCAGAAUAUGAAAUAACUCAUGCAAGUAAUGUCACCAGUUGGAAAUGCAAAAAUGACCAUAUCAUCUAUUCGUCAGAGUGUUA